AUGAUAGAAGGCGAAACGGUCAAUAUUAAACAUCUACAAGGAUCUGUUGUGCUAAAAAUCGAUGUGGAACUUAAACAGGAUGAAAAGAAUCUUUGGAGGUAUCAUGGAAGAGUUACCGGGUAUAGCCUCAUAUUUAUACCAAAAGAAUUCUUACUAACUCUACGAAUUAUUGAGCACCAUCACACCAAAACCUUACACGGAGGAGUCGGAGAUACCAUGGGUAGCAUAAGAGAAAGAUUCUGGAUACCGAAUAUGAGAGUAGCCAUUAAAAAAGUUAUUCGUGGUUGCAAUUUACGUAAAAGGUACAGAGUGAAGCCUCUCUUACCACCAAAAAAAGAAAUAUUACCGCGCUUCAGAACUGACAAUGUUGAACCAUUUGCGGCUAGUGGUGUUGAUUUUGCCGGACCGUUAAAGUAA